AUGGCUCCUGGGUAUAUCACAUCACUUCUCAAAAAGCGCAGUCAAAGUGCGUAUGAUUUAAGGGCAUUUAAUGCCGUUUUUACAAACCUCAACACCAAUGGAAGAUUUGGUCCAACAACGCUGGGCAGUCAUUACACAGGCCAAGAUCAUGACGGACAAGUUACACUGUCCAGCGGUAUUCAACAGUGGACUGUGCCGCGCACUGGUGACUACAGAAUAGAAGCAAUAGGAGCUGCAGGAGGGUAUGAAUUAUACUCUUAUAGAACUCAGUACCGAGGAAGAGGAGCAAGAAUGAUUGGAACGUUCUGCUUAAACAAGGGUGAAGUCAUUCAGAUACUUGUUGGUCAGGAAGGAGGAAGAAAGUGGGGGAAACAUUCCUCUGGAGGUGGUGGAGGAACGUUUGUGGUGAGAGGAGCCAACACACCUUUGAUAAUAGCUGGAGGCGGAGGAGGGGUAAAUAGAGCUGACACAAGACACGAAGGUUGUGACACCAGCACAAACACAACCGGGAAUCCUGGAUACAAAUCAUGGUCAGGGGGGAGCAAUGGAGAUGGUGCACAUACUGCUGAUAAUGGAUGGUCAGGUGGUGGUGGUGGCGGAUUUUAUUCCAGUGGAAGAAGUGGAAUGAAUUUUAAUGGAAUCAAAGGAUGGGGUGGAGAAGGUGGUAAGGGAUUUAUUCAGGGAGGGGUGGGUGGAAGAGCCCAGUUAAACGAUGUCGAUGGUGGGUUUGGUGGAGGUGGUGGAGCUUAUGGAUGGAGAGGAGGAGGAGGAGGAGGAGGAGGAGGAGGGUACUCUGGGGGAAGCAGCGGAGAUGAUGGUUAUGAUACCUGUGGGGGUGGGGGAGGCUCUUACAACGAUGGAAACAACCAGGACAAUGAAUGUUGUUACAACAACGCUGGUCAUGGUCAAGUGACUAUUACGUUCCUGGAGUAAAAAAAGUUUAUCUACUGUGGUGAUAAUAGCAUUACCAUUUAGCUUUUAUUGAUUGGC